CCCCCUCUCUCUGUACUGUAUAAGAACAGAUCUGUGAUGGAGACCCCAUCACACCGAGGUUCACUUUUACGCAGUGGAGAUGAUCGCUCGGACAGCGAAAUCGAACCCGGCCAUGAAACUGAUAGUGCUCUUCACAGCUUCUCUUUCCUGGGCCUUCCAGCAGCAGGCCAUACCGCCAAAGUACCCGUACAGCGACCCUGUGACAUCUGACCGCCUAAUGUGCGACCAGUGUCCUCCUGGCACAGCCUUGAAACAACACUGCACCGCUGACACACCCACAGAGUGUCAGGCUUGUCCUGAGAACCAUUUUGCUGAGAACUGGCACUGGGAUGAUACAUGCCAAUACUGCACCUCGGUGUGCAAGGAAAAGCAGCUUGUCAAGCAGCAAUGCAACAGCACUCAUGACCAGCUGUGUGAGUGUGCUCCAGGUUUCCACCUAGUGGUGGAGUUCUGCAUCAAACACAGAACCUGUCCACAGGGCUACGGAGUGACAGCUUUAGGUACACCAGUGAGUGACACUGUGUGUGAACGUUGUCCCGCUGGCCAUUUCUCCAUCGGCGGCUCCUCCACCGAGCCAUGUCAGCCACACAGAAACUGUUCAGAUUUUGGCCUGAAGACACUGAGAUGGGGCACAUCCACUUCAGACAGCCACUGUGGCAGUCAGGACAAGACGGCAACACUGGAGUGCUCUGAGCAUCACACUUUGUGCCACACUGAUGUGACCCUGUGUGAGGAGGCGGUUUUCCAGUCACUCUCCUCGCUGCGACUGUCCUCGGUGCCCCUGGAGCGGCUGUUGGAGAGUCUGCCCGGGCGGAGGGUGGAUCAUAAGAGCCUGGAGAAGCUGAAGAAGGUCUGCCCUCCUCAGCAGCAGGUCCUCCAGCUGCUGCGACUGUGGAGGGAGCAGAACAAAGACCAGGACAAGCUGUACGGCAUCAUACAAGGUGUAAACCACUGUGAGAGGAAAGUGUCCCGCUGCAACAGCCUAAAAAACCUGACCCUAGACGACCUCCUGAAGGUCACCAACAGCCUGCCGGGAGUCAAAGUUCAAGAGGAGCAUGUCCGGGCUGUGGUCUCCACCUGCCUGCCCAGGCAGUACAUCUGGCAGCUUCUUCACCUCUGGAAGACCGCAAACUAUGACCUGGAUCUAGCCAAAGGUCUGUCUCACAGUCUUAGGGUGAUACGCAGCCAGGGGGCACCACGCUAUUUGUCGAAAGGCCUUAGGAAGAUCAACCGCAUCAUGGGGACCACCUCCGCGCACAAGAUGUAUGAAAAGAUGUUUGUUAGUAUGCUUCAGGAUGAGUCGUGUUUUAAGGCACAUAAGCCAUUGAAUGAAUAGGGAAUAUGUCCUCUAAAGCAUAAACAAGACACUAAUGUGUUGUCAGAUCACACAAACACACACUUAAUUGACAUGGGUCACAUAAUAAAGUCAGGUCUUUAAGAUAUCACCAAUUGAUAUCAAGCUAUGCAUAAAGUGCCUAGAGGUAUUUUGUCUAACUGUAACAUAAAGGCAAGAUGGGACGGUAAAUUCUUCCUUGCCUGUCUGAUUUUCAAUCAAAUCUAAUAAGCCUUAAAAGAUUUUUUUGUUUGAAACUACCACACAUCUGUGUUCUCCAGGCAAACACAUUUCCUGGGAACUUUUUGACCGGAGUCUGUGAAAAAACUAUUUAAGAUGUAAAUAGCAACUAUUUUAUGGAAGAUAGACUGGCAGAUGUUGAGUUUUUAUUAUUAUUGCUUUCUCGCUGAUUGAGAGGAAGGAUUUGGUUUCAUAAUGAAAUACAUGUAUUUUCUACAGUUUUCCUUUGUUUGUUUGUUCUGGACUGCUGGAAAGUAAAGCUCAUCAGUUUGUUUUUUGUU